AUGCCACAUGAGAAGGAAAAGUUCGAUCAAAUAGAUUGUAAUUUUGGAUCAAGGUAUUGGUUACCUGUACAAUGGGCACUUUCUAUUGUUCAUACUUCUCGUCGAGAACAGUUAAUUGAUAGUGACUUCUAUUGUGAACGCAUCUGUGAAGAAAUUAGAUGCUUCCGAAAUAGUUUAGCCAAUUUAUGCAAAUUUGACUGGGUACCAUUGCCGUUAGCAUAUCCUCAAUUAGUGUAUCUGGCAGUACAUGUACAUUUUUUCAUAGUACUUAUUUCAAAACAAGAAAUUAUCCUACCAGUAGUACAAAAGAAUGUGACAGAAUCGCUCAGUGCUGCAACAACAGUUAGCGAAUCGUUGCAUCGGUGGGUUCCGUUAACACCAGCUAUACAAUUCUUUUUUUACAUGGCUUGGACAAAAGUGGCAAUGGUACUUAUUAAUCCAUUUGGUGAAGAUGACGAUGAUUUCGAAACAAAUGCACUCAUUGACCGAAACUUUAAAGUAGGAAUAAGAAUUGCAGAUGGUACAAGUGAUGAUGUGCCAAGACAAUUGAAGGAUUCAUUUUGGAAUCAUAAUAUCGAAGCAUUAUAUAGCGAAAAAUCUAUUAGAAUUAAUGAAAGACAAGAUGGUUUAGUGGGUUCAGCUACAAGAUUUCCAGAACCAUAUGAUGUUGAACAAAUAUUGAUGGUACCAUUAAAACGAAAUAGCAUAAAUAGCAUCAAUAAUGGUAGUCACUCAAUGUAUGUAAGACAAAGAUCACAAAGACAAAAUUAUUUGGAUAAUGCAAUUACUGAUAUCGGUCAACAGCUUCGAAAUACUGCAAAAAGUAUCACGAACACAGGUACUUCCGAAGAACAUCGCACACACAAAGACAGUUGGUCAUUACGUCGCGGCAAAAAAUCCUCAACUUUUACUUCAUUAAAUGAAAAGUUCUGCCACCUGAACAGGCGUUAUAUGAUGGACGAGCAAGCAAAGAACGACUUAUCAAAGCAACACGAUGGUACUGCUGGGAAACUAAAUCUUCCCAAAUCAGAAAUUUCGCAAUAUGAACAAUAUGGAAAAGAUACAUCGAAUCAAUCAGUGGAAGACGAAAGUAAGGAUGAUGACAGCUUUGAGCAAAUUGCAAAAAUGUGA